AUGUAUGUGAAAUGCUUUGAUACAGUAAUGUUUUACUAUGUCAUUUUAGUGAAUGUCACUGUUUGUCAUUUUCAAAUUUCCCGCCGUUCCGUCCCCCGUACGUCCCGACGCUCGUAGGGGACGGAACCCAGAUGACAGAUGUCGGCACCACCGGAUUACAUUGCAGGAGGGACAUCGUGGGAGCGCAGGACAAGGUAAGUGAUCGAGGGAUCUCGCAGCAGCGCCGCAUGGUAAGCCCGAGUGUAGCUCAGGGUUACCACUUGUGCUACACUCGGGAAUACCGCCAGAGAGGUUAAG